AUGACUACCUCGCUGACGGAUCCAGAUGAUACAUGCAUCGAAACAAAAACACCCAAACCAAACCAAGGAAAACCUGAGGAUCUUGAAGAUUCUCUCAAUCAGUACGCCAACUGGUUGGCUGAUGCUGUCGCUGAGACGCCGGAAUUUCGACAGUUCUGUGAACUAUGGCCAGGUCGGUUUGUCGAACUGUGCAAAUUUCACCUGUCGCUGCUAAUUGACUUACCCUUGGAAAUCUGGGACGAUUCCUCGAACACCUUCUGCGGAACCAACGUAGUCGGGUCAAAGAAACUUUUUCCGGAUCUGGUUAGUCGGGAGCCAAUGGUCAGUCGGCUAAUCACGAAUGGGAAUUCGCGUGGUACACCGUGGGCACGUCUCCGCGGCCGAACCCCGAAUGUCGAACGCGCGGAAACGGACAACAUUGGAUAUGCAAUUCAUCGUCCUAAUCGCGUCCAACACGGCGCAUCCGGGGGCUUGAACAACAACAAAACGUGUGCGAAUGAAGCGAUCGUGCAAAACCUGCUCUCUCUGAUGGAUGUGCUGGACAAUAAAGAAAACUUAGCCAACGAAGGAAUUUUCCGCAAAACUGGUAACAUGCAACGGCAGCGUUGUGUCAGGCGUCGAAUCAUGACCGAGAAGCAACUGGAUAUCCAAUCGCUCAUGUACUACGUCGAGCCCAAACCGUGGAAACCAGCUGGAGUGGGUUUUGGAAACCGCCGAUGGAUUCAGUCUCACUUGACUCCGUCGAACCCAGCGACUGCGCCCCCGUCUCCAAUGGUGGGUGUGCACGAUUUGGCCGCUGCGCUCAAAGGAGUUUUGUACGAUCUCCCAGAGCCCCUGUUGACGGACCGUCUCCUCCCGUUGUUUGUUCAAGUUGCCAGUCUUACCUCAGGUCGUUUGGACGAUCGCGGUCGUCGUAUAACUCUCCGGCCAAUCGAAGAGAAAAUCGCCUGUGCAAAGCAGCUGAAAGCCGUCCGCCUGCUGUGUCGUCUUCUCCCGGACACUCACCAAGUCCUCUUCAAACGCUUACUCGUAUUGCUUGAACACACUCUUCAACAUGCUUCCAGUAAUCGAAUGACUGCGGAAAGUCUAGGUCUGCUGUUUGGUCCAGUUCUCUUCUCUCCGAGCAAGGUUCCAACACGUGACCUUCAUACCCAAUAUACUAACUUGGCUCGACUGGCCACAAUGAUGAUUACUCAGGGUGUCAACGGUCUGUGGUACAUUCCCAAAAGCUUCCUGCAAGAUGUGGAACGCAAUCGUCUGUUGUACAUCGAGUUGAGUCUUCCACCAAUCGCAGAUUCCUCGUUGUCCAGUUCCAGCCUACCUUUCCUGCAGAACGAUUAUACUACCAGCAUCCUGGAACGUGCCAAUUCCAAUGAUUCUGGUCUGGGUUUGACAGACGGCAGCCAACCCAGCAGUGAUAUGGACAGUGCUGUGGUGCCUCCGUUGCGUGUGGACGAACUGCCCGCAUUGGUGACUUGUGUAAAUUUUACCGUACGCCACUCUUCAGACAAGGAUCACGUGACAAACGGAGAGACCGAAUAUGCUGUGGCUGAACUGUGCGCUGCCGUCCAAUCGCUUCCGAACAACGAUCCGCGUAAGCGUCGCCUUGUAAACCGAUUCAACGCAACAAAUGGAGGUCUGCUGCCGCCAACGUCGGGGGCUGGUAUGCCGAAACAUGCCACACCCCAUUCGUCACUGUAUCGUCAAAUUCCGAGACUUAACCGAGAUUGGUCGGCCAGCUUGGGAGAUGUGUCUUCCGGUAGAUUUAUUCGCGCGCAUGCGGGAAAUUCGGCAUUUAAAGCAGCGAAAACGAUUCGCUCGUCACUGCGGCGACGACUGGCAUUGCGAAGUAACGUUAGCGUAACGGGCUGUUUCAAUAGUCCUCGCAAUCUCCCGAAACCCCUGAUUGAGUGCCGAUCUGAAAUGGACUUUGAGUACAGUCAGUCACACACGUCCAAGCCAGGUUCACACGCGCACGUAACUGAUCAGAUUUUGGACUCUGGGCAUCAGCUAUCACCGAUAUUUGACACAAAUUGCCGUCCGGAUGUGUUUGGGAGUUGUGAAAGUUUGAACCUACUACCAGCACCGCCGGAAACCAUCAUGGCUGCAAACACCCGCUGUUCCAUUAUGUCCACCACAUCCAUCUCCAGUGUGGGUGCCGGAGAUUUACUUUUCUGUUGCCCUCUUGUGGAAGCCAUUGCUUCACCGUUUCGCAAGCUCACCACCCCGAGUUCCCAGGGUCGUACCCCCGAUUCCAUACAUUCCGGCGUGACUCCGUUGGCUCGAGUAUUCCGCGGAGGAUUCAAGCGCCUCCGUGGUCGAUCACCUCGUGUCGGGUUGCCCCGAAGUGAGGUUAUAAGCAUUAUACGGCCAUUGCGAUGUGACGACGAAACGCCAGUCGACAACUAUUACCCAAUUGAGUUUGACGAACCAUUGGAAGCCAAACUGAAGAAUUCAGAAGCUUUAGACGAGCAGAUCCCAGUGGAGCGAAUAUCCGCCCGUUCCCGGAGAGGACCAAUUAGGCAAAAAACGAUCACUUCUUUUGGUUAUCGCACAGUUGCCCAUAUUUCAAGUCAGUCUCCAAUGGACCGCUCAAUAGGACAUCAUCUACGACGUUCACAAACGAUGCCGUCAAUACCUUGGCUGUUUACAUCAGAUAAAAAAACCGACUUUUAGACGGCUACGAGUGUGACAGAUUCCCCCCAACCCCCUCUGAAUGUGUAUAGUCCUGUCCAUAUGCUCCCCUCCCAAUAACUGUGAUGUCCUCUGUAUUGAACGGUCUAAUUUUUCAUUUGGAAACAAGAUGAC